GACUGAGGAGGUGGGACUUUGCUAGCCAUCGACGCUAACUGCUGGCUAUCAGUUGCUGCUCUGUUGUUACAGAAGGAUUAUUCCUAACUGCGCCAAUAUCGUCGCGAUAAUACGGGUACUGUCUCAAUGGGCUCCAAGAGAAGACGAGCCACCUCUCCCUCCAGCAGUGCCAGCGGAGGAGACUUUGACGAUGCCAGCUCAUCCACGCCAGUCAGUGGAUGGAAGAGGAGGAGAGCCUCCAAUGCUCCUUCUGUUGAUCAAAUUGCUGUGUGCCAUGAAUUGUACAACACUGUUAGAGAUUAUAAAGAUGAUCAAGGCAGACAGAUCUGUGAGCUCUUCGUUCGUGCACCAAAGAGGAGAAAUCAGCCUGAUUAUUAUGAAAUAGUGAGCCAGCCCAUAGACAUGAUGAAAAUACAGCAGAAGCUCAGGGCAGAGGAAUACCAGGAUGUGGAACAGUUUUCAGCUGACUUUCAUCUGCUAAUUAAUAACACCAAAGCUUACUAUCAGGCUGACAGUGCAGAGCACAGAGCGGCAUCUAAGCUUUUGAACGUCUUCCUAUCUGCCAAGAACGAACUGCUGCAGGGUGGGGAUGGAGAAGAGGCUGAGGAUGAUGAGGAAAGUGAAGAUGCGGAGAACACAAACGCUUCUAUGGAGGAGGAGAGACCACCAAGCUAUUUAAAAGCCAUACUGGAGCAGCUCUUGGAGGCCAUCGCAUCCUGCACUGAUUCCUCAGGGAGGCUUGUUAGUGAGCUCUUCCAAAAACUUCCUUCCAAACUGCAUUAUCCAGACUACUAUGCUGUCAUAAAAGAGCCAAUAGACCUACGCGCUGUGGCUCAGAAGAUCCAGGGGGGACAUUAUAAAUCCAUCAGUGCCAUGGCCAAGGACAUUGAUCUUUUGGUAAAAAAUGCCAAAACCUACAAUGAGCCAGGAUCUCAAGUUUUCAAGGAUGCCAACACAAUUAAGAAAGUGUUCGCCCAGAGGAAGAUCGAGAUCGAGCAGGCUGAACCCACUAAAUCCAGCCUCCGCAUUAGAAACCGGAGGUCUGCUCAGGGUGAUCGUCUGUCUGCCAUCACCAUGGCUCUUCAGGCUGGAUCUGAAAGUGAUGAAGACUCCAUUCUCACAGGGACUGUGCGUUAUGACACUGGAGAAACCGAGGCCGAUUGUGGUCUCAGUGCAGGUGAUCCCAUCCUUCUUUUGUAUCAGGCAGUGCGAGGAGCAAGAAGUGUUCAAGGCCUGCUCCUCUCUGAGCCCUUCCUCCAACUGCCCUCGAGAAGGGAAUACCCAGAUUACUACCAUCAGAUCAAAAACCCCAUCUCUCUGCAGCAAAUCAGGGAAAAAAUGAAGAAUGGCGAUUAUGAAGCAGUCGAGCAGAUUGAGGCUGAUCUCUCUGUCAUGUUUGAGAACGCCAGACGCUACAACAUGCCUAACUCCACCAUAUACAAACGUGCACAGAGACUACAGCUCAUAAUGCAGCAAAAGAAAAGAGAGUUUCGAGAUGAUGAUGAAGGAGAUGUCUCUACUGCUAAUUCUGAUGUGGGAAGUAGUAAAAAGAAAAGCCACAAGAAGAGCGCCAAGAAAAAUCGAAUGAAGAUGCUGUAUGCUGUGCUGACCGAUGCCCGUGAGCCAGGCUCUGGACGGCGACUUUGUGACCUCUUCAUGGUGAAGCCUUUAAAGAAGGACUACCCAGAUUACUACAAAAUUAUUCAAGAUCCAAUGGACAUGCGUACCAUUGAGAACAACAUCCGCACUGAGCGUUAUAACAACGAGGAUGCACUUAUGGAGGACAUGAAGCUUAUGUUUCGCAAUGCCCGCCACUAUAAUGAGGAGGGAUCUCAGGUUUAUAAUGAUGCAAAUGUCUUGGAGAAGAUGGUUAAGGAUAAACAGAAGGAGCUUGGCCCUGCUCCAGAGGAAGAUGACGUUGGCUCUCCCAAACUCAAGCUUCGUAAUGGAGUUGCAGUCUCCCCUAAAAAGGCUCGCAUCCAAACUACACCACUCCAGCAGAAGCUCAGCGAGCUCUACGAAGCUGUUCGCAACUUCACAGACAAUCGUGGCCGUCGUCUCAGCACCGUUUUCCUGCGGCUGCCAUCCCGUUCUGAACUGCCUGACUAUUACGCUGCUAUUAAGCGUCCAAUUGACAUGGAGCGAAUACGCAGCUACAUGGUGCAGGGACGCUACCAGGAUGUGGAUUCACUGGCAGAAGACUUCAUCCUCAUGUUCAACAAUGCUUGUACAUACAAUGAGCCAGAGUCUUUAAUAUAUCGUGAUGCUCUGUUGCUCCAUCGAGCAUUUCUGGAAGCUCGUAGACGGAUUGAGGAAGAGGAGAAUGGAGAUGAAGGUGGUCUGGGGGGUUUGUCGGUUGCCUCUCUUGUGCGUGAGCUCAUCCGAAACCUCUUUGUGUCAAUGAUGGGGCACCAGGAUGACGAAGGCCGAUGCUAUAGUGACUCCUUGGCGGAGGUGCCUGCAAUCGACCCAGCUAACCCAGAUGAUCCACCCCUUACUUUAGAGAUCAUUCGCAAUAAUGUGGAUAGUGGCCGCUACCGGAGACUGGAUGUCUUCCAGGAGCAUGUGUUCGAGGUGCUGGAGAAAGCUAGACGUCUCAACAGGACUGAUUCUGAGAUCUUUGAGGAUUCUGUGGAGCUGCAGCAUUUCUUUGUGAAGAUCCGUGAUGAGCUGUGCAAAAAUGGUGAAAUCCUGCUGACCCCAGCACUGAGCUACACAUCCAAACAUCUGCAUUCAGACAUAGAUCAAGAAAAGCGAGAGAAACUGCCCCAGGAAAUUGAGGAAGACCAACUGAAACGGGAGGAGGAUAAAAAAGAAGGGGACAAAGCAGAGGGUCCUGCGGAAGGUGGCCAGUGGCCAUCAGGUUCUCAAAGCUCUUAUAGUCAGGACUGCAGUUUUGAAAACAACACCUACAGCAUAGGAGACUACGUAUAUGUUCAGCCCGCAGAAGCAAAUUUACAACCCCACGUUGUCUGCAUUGAGAAGCUCUGGAAAGAUGAAUCUGGUCAGCAGUGGAUGUAUGGAUGUUGGUUUUAUCGUCCAGAGGAAACCUUUCAUCUGGCAACACGCAAGUUCCUGGAGAAGGAGAUUUUUAAAAGUGACUACAACAACCGCGUGCCUUUCAGCAAGAUCCUGGGCAAGUGCUUUGUGUUGUUUGUAAAGGAUUAUUUUAAGUUGCAACCAGAAGGCUUUAAACCCGAAGACGUGUAUGUCUGCGAAUCCCGAUACACUGUUAGGACCAAAGCCUUCAAGAAGAUCAAAAUAUGGUCCAUGCCACCCAACUCUGUCAAACUGCUCCCCAGAGAGGUUCCUUUACCUGUAGUUCGAGUCGCCUCCAUGUUUGUCGGUGCGAAAGACAAAGCAGCUGACCUUCCUGAUGGAGAGAGUGGUGGAUUCAUUGAGAAGGAGCGAGAAGACGUUCCAGUUGAAGUUCCCAACGGGGAGCUGGGUUGCCAGUAUUAUGAACAGCUCCGCUAUAAUGAUAUGUGGCUCAAGUUGGGCGACUGUGUUUACAUACGCUCCCAUGGGCUGGUGCGACCACGAGUUGGCAGGAUUGAGAAGAUGUGGCUGCGGGAUGGAGCUGCAUUUUUCUUUGGACCCAUCUUCAUCCACCCUGAAGAAACCGAACACGAGCCGACAAAGAUGUUCUACAAACGUGAAGUUUUCCUCAGCAGCCUGGAAGAGAACUGUCCUAUGACCUGUGUUUUGAGGAAAUGUGUGGUGUCUUCCUUUAAGGACUUCCUUUCCUGCAGGCCAACUGAGUGUCCAGAGGAAGAUGUGCUUCUGUUUGAAAGUCGCUAUAUUGAGAGCGAAAAGCAGAUGAAGAAGUUUAAAGCCCUUAAACGUUUCUCCCUCUCAGCCAAAGUGGUUGAUGAUGAGAUCUUCUAUUUCAGAAAACCUAUCGUACCUCAGAAGGUGCCAUCUCCCCUGCUAGAUAAGAAGAUUGAGGAGCUAGAGGCUAAGUUUGCGGACAUGGAGGAUCUGGAUGAUGAUAUGGAUGACCUAGAUGAUGACGACGAAGAAGCAGCCGCAACGCCCUCAAUGCCACCCAGUCAGGCGUCCACAACAAGUGACAUGGAUAUGCCUUACACACCACCACAGUCCACACCAAAGAUAAAGGGUAUGUCCAAAAAGGAAGGAGCCAAGCGUAAGAUCAACAUGAGCGGCUACAUCCUGUUUAGCAGUGAAGUGAGGUCUCUAAUAAAGGCUCGUCACCCUGAUUUCUCUUUCGGAGAGCUGAGUCGUCUGGUGGGCACAGAAUGGAGGAAUCUGGAAGCUACUAAGAAGGCGGAAUAUGAAGGCAUGAUGGGAAAUUAUGGCCCGCCCUACAUGCCUAUGCAGGGUCCUGAGGGCAUGAUGGGCAUGGGUGGCACUCCACCUCAUCUCAUGGGGGUGCCCCAGCUGCCUUCCCAGCACUACCUUCUACCAGGCAUGGCCGGGUACCCUGGUAUGCCCCAUCCGGGUGUGAUGGUCCCAGGAAUGAAUGGAAGCCCUGGUCCCGGAAACCCGUAUGGCAUGCAGAUGGCUGGAUAUGGACCCGGACAGCAAGCUCCACCCCCAUAUCCAGGUCAAGGUCAACCAGGCCAUCAACAGCCAGCCCCACCUAUUUUUGUUGCUCCGCCUCCAAAACCCCAGCGUCUCCUGCAUUCAGAGGCGUAUCUGAAGUACAUUGAGGGCCUCAGUGCUGAAUCCUCCACUGUUAGCAAAUGGGACCAGAGCCUUAAGGCACAGAGAAAAGACUGCCGGCUUAGUAGGGAACAGGAGAGUCAUCUCCCUACUCACUGGCUGAAAAGCAAAGGCGCUCACACCACGAUGGCCGAUGCUUUAUGGAGACUCCGAGACCUGAUGAUGAAAGACACGCUCAACAUCCGACAGGCGUACAACCUUUAAACCUUUACCUUUUACCCUAAACUCUCAGGACUCUAAUUUAUGCAAGACUUUUCUCCAACCAAAUCUUUCCCAUCAUGACUCAAGAUGUGAUCAAGUGUUAAUGUACUGUCGCAAAAGUGCUUCAGCAAUAAUUAUAUCUAUCAGUUGUGUGUGUGUAAAUGCGUGUGUGAAGAGAAAAAUAAACAUUUUCCCACCUCUUUUGAUAUAUAUAUGGAGCCCUGGAAAGAAGUCACACUUUUUUAAUUCAUAACUAACAUGGAUUUGAUAUUUGUCAUUUGGACUGUUACCUCAAUUAAGGUUGAGUUUAUGAAUACUACAUCACAAGUCAUCACGAAGUUUUACAUCUAUGACUAUUCUAAAAUGCUUAAUAUGAGUUGUUGAAGAACACAGUAGCAUUUUAUAAAGAUGUUUUCUUUUUAUACGGAGGUAAAACUACAUGAGCUCCUACUUAUUUUAAUGAUAAUGCAAUUUGUUAUUUUUACACUGUGUACAUACAAAAAAAUUGUGUGAACUGUUGCUUAUUGAACACUGCUGCAUUAAAAAAAAAAGACAAAACUGUGUCAAUUACACCAAUAAACGGCAUUACAGAUGGA